AUGAGAAAAUUUUCUGGUCAAAGAAUUCAGCGGGAUGUUGAUGUGGUUAGACCACCGUCUUUGGAUAUUACUGCAGAAGACUUAUUACAAAUUCCUGACGUCCCAAUACUCAGUCCUGAUUCUAGAAGAAUCUGUAGCGAAGGUAAUAAACUGUCAAGCAAAUAUGGUGGGACUAUACGCCUAAAGAAGAGAUUAGACUCGGUACCUGAGUUGUUCCACCAUGAAUAUUUUAGGAAAGUAAAUGAUAUGAACAGACCAGACACUUUGAGAGAUAAGAGGCAGAUGCAAACCAGGAAGAAUAUCCCUCAAUACUAUGAGCGUUUACUUCCUCCAUCACCUAUGUUCAAAAGCAAUGAACUUAGACCACUCCCAAAGAUACCAAAAAGUGAAACGUAUACGCAAUUAUGUAAGCGAAACAAUAACCAGAGCGACCUCUUAUACGAGGAAAUCAUCGCAGCUUAUUUGAGUCCCGAUAUGGAAACAAGCACUACAAAACAGCAAAACUUAAUUGAGUUGAAUAAGAGGCUACUGGAGCCAGUUCCAGAAAUAAAUACCCCACCAAGAUACAAAAGAGCAAGUGUGUAUAGUGCCAGUCCUGAGUACAUCGGAGGAAACUCCAGUGACGACAAUGACCUCUUUUCAGAAUAUUACAGUCUCAAAUCACCAAUUCAGAGGCAGUAUACGAGCGAUGAAGAUACCGACAGUUACCGUACUGCGAGAGACAGUUUUGCAUCGUUCAACGUCAAAGAUCUUGACAUUACUUCCAGUCCAUCAAGUGACACAUAUGAUAUGAAAGAACAAACUAACAAUGAUAAUAUUAUGAACCAAUUGACAUUAAACAAACUAACGCUUACCACAAUAACGCCAAAAAUAUUCAAUUACGACUACGAAACAGACGUCGAGGAAGAUGAUGUUAUCAGCCAGUUGAAGAGCAAAAUCGAUCAUGUAUCUCUGCUGAGUCGUUCCAACACUGUGAUUACAGAAUCUAGUAGUGUCUACAGUGAAAUGUAG